AUGGCCGAGCACAGCCAGCCUUACGAUCCUUAUAUUCCCUCCGGCAACAACGCGGGCGGAAGCGCGGCGCAACAUGAUGCCGGUAGAACCCGUACCGAGCAGCUCCAGGAUCAAGUCAAAGAUGUCCUGGGUGUGAUGAGAGAGAACAUCAACAAGACAACGCAGCGUGGAGAACAUCUCGAUUCACUGGCAACCAAGACCGAUGAUUUGCACACAUCCUCUCAAGGUUUUCGUCGUGGAGCCAACCGUGUCCGGAAGCGGAUGUGGUUGAAGGACAUGCGGAUGCGAGUCUGUCUGAUUGUCGCUAUUAUCCUGCUCUUGGUGGUUAUCAUCGUUCCUGCCGUCGUUGCCACCAAGCAUUAA